CAAAAAACAGCACCUGUAAAGUUUUAUAACCUGUGUAUAUGAAGAUCGUUUGCGAAAAAACGUGUGGCUUUCUUUUUAAUUUUCAUUUUUUUAUGUACAAACUGCAAAUGUGAAGAAAUUGUAAAUCAUAAUAUGUGUCAGAGAGCUAAUUUGUGGGGGACUGUACUUGACCAGUAGGAUGUCAAAGAUUUGUUGUCCUGUACAGUAGAUUCCGUAAACUUGUAUUUUUCAAUUUGCAUUUUUGUGGCUCAAGGUUCGAAGGAUAUGAGUAGCCACGUUGGAGCCGGUUCGGUGGAAGGGAGCCAAGUCGUUCUCGAGAGGAUUCAGGUAUCCGUAAUGCAAGGGACGACGAAGCAACCCGUGGCUCUCUCGACCUCGUCCAGUACCCUUGAAAAAGGUGCAGAAACUACGCGCUCAGAAUCACCGGAAUUGAAAAGACAAAUAUCGAACGCGGAUCGAGUAUGGACGAGCCUGUUGGCCGGCGCGGCGGCCGGGGCUCUGGCGAAAACGACGAUCGCUCCGCUCGAUCGAACAAAGAUAAAUUUUCAAAUAUCGAAGAAGCCCUAUUCGGCAAAGGCAGCGAUCGAAUUUCUCGUUCAAUCGUACACGAAAGAGGGUCUGAUGAGUUUGUGGCGAGGUAACAGCGCCAUGAUGGUCAGAAUAAUGCCCUACGCGGCUAUCCAAUUCACAGCACACGAACAAUGGAAAAGGAUACUCAAGGUCAAUGGCCCGGAAACAGAUAAGAAGAAGAGAUUCCUCGCUGGUUCGUUAGCCGGUGUGACGUCCCAAAGCCUCACUUAUCCACUGGAUCUUGCGAGGGCACGAAUGGCUGUAACUCACAGGGACGAAUACAAGACACUGCAUGAAGUAUUCCUUAGGAUUUAUCAACGAGAAGGAGUAUCAGCUUUUUAUCGAGGCUUCACCGCGACGAUACUCGGCGUCAUUCCCUACGCCGGUUUUAGUUUUUUUACUUACGAUACCCUUAAGCAGUGGUUUGCCGUACACGCCGUGGACAGCCCAGGACUUUCAGCCAUGUCUUCGUUAAUUUGCGGAGCUUUGGCCGGCGUCGUUGGUCAAACGAGCAGCUAUCCUCUCGAUAUAGUACGCAGACGAAUACAAACGUCCGCCGUAACUCGGACCCACUAUCACACGAUUUACGAGACUUCGGUGAAAAUAUACACAGAAGAGGGCGUGAUGGCCUUUUUCAAGGGGCUCAGUAUGAAUUGGGUCAAAGGUCCGGUCGCGGUAGGUAUAAGUUUUGCGACCUACGACACGAUCCUCGUCACCUUGAGAAAAAUCAUGUGCUGAUGAUGUUGAGUUUUCUCGUAAUAAUAUAUUAAACCAAUGCUCUUUCUCGCGUCGUGAUGAAAAAAAGUAAUACGCACUUUUAAUGAAUUUCAUCUUAAAUUGUACGGUGAAAAGAGAAGGAAAUGAGACUGUUUAGUGCGAAAUGAGGUUGGUGAAGAAUCGUUUGUUAUUAAAUUUAUAUACGAAUGUUAUGGACUUUUAUGAAUCGUGGCGAAAGUUCGAGUUGCUUGUGACGCGCUUGUUUAGGGAAUGAAAAAAUGCGAAAAUUCGUAAAGAAAAAGUGUUUUUCUAUAUGAACCGCGUCGAUUCGGUAGAAAUCAUUUUGAAGAAUCGAUCCAAUUCCAUUCGCUCAAAAAGCCACAGAAAAAUUUCGAAAUUAUUGGUACAAUAAUCAAAGUAGAUGUAUUUAUCUACUUUACACAUUUUUUUUUAACAAUUCAUAUUUUUUACUUCCAACUAUCGGUCAUCAUCGAACAUUAAAUGUAGGAUAAAGUUAAAUUGAUUAGAGCUUAAGUGUAAUCAUGAAGUUUAGUUGAUGAAAUUAAUCUUCGAGCAAAAAAAGAAAUGAUUUUCAAAGAAGAAUCUAUGCACACUGAUGAUUCCUGAUAACGACAAUAACAGAUUUUCCUGCUGGAACUCGAACGUCAAAUUGUUCUAAGCUAAAUCUGUAAACUUUUUGAAUUCUAUUAUCUUUCAAACAACAUUGUCCGAUAUUAGGCGGUAGCUCCAGCUCCGUUGCUUGGGUUACGUUCGUACGUAGUCGACUAAUGUAUCAUAAAAUACCAUUGACAAAGUUCAAUUGAAAUACUCUAAAUUGUAAAUUGAUAUAAUGUCCAUUUUGUGCGAUUAGUUUAGUCAAAAUCGCGCUACGUCAAUUGACCUAAUUAUUGAAAAAAUGGAGAUAAAUUUAUGGUGCUGUGUCGUGUGGGAUUGAACGCUUUUUUCUCAAUCUCCGUGCGCGACGCGUUCAAAAGUACGGAUAUACGUAAAAAUCGCUCUGCAAUAAAUCGAUUAGUUUGAAUUAAUUAACCAUUUUUCGGACGAAUAUUUCAUUUGCGAGAAAUCAGACUCUGUUAAUGUGAAUAACACGAAUCUAGUAAUAAAAAUGUUGGAAGAAGUUGCCUCGAAUGAGAGUGUCGAAAUUCGAUUGAAACUUUAAAGUUUCAUUCAAUCAUUUCCAACCGGAAAAUCCAUCCCGUUAUGCCUUUUUUAAAAAUGUUUAUUAUUGUUUGUCGCAUUUUAACAUGAGGCUCGAGGAAAAAGAUUUGCUUUUGAGAGCUUCGAAUAUCAUUUUUUUCAACUUUUAACGCGUCAACUCCAACAUUUCGGUGGGCAAGGUCCGAAAAUGGUUAAUUAAUGGUAUACUUCUUAGAAAAACCCAGUAUCUAUGCAACGCAACAUGUUAAAUAUAUGAAUAUAUGUACAUAUAUACACGGAAAGAAAUAAUGUAUUGUACACUAUUUGAUGCAUAUGAGUAGUAAGUGAAAAAAGCCGUGAAAUGUCAAAACUUGUCGAUUCGUAAUAAAAACAGUAUAAUUUUAUUUAAAAAAA